AUGUCAUCAUAUACGAACCACCCCGUACCCACCCCCGCGGCUGCCGAGUCUACGGCGGUCGUCGAGUCUUCCGAGGGCACCUCGGCGGCGUCGGUGGCCAAGAGGCGGCGUAUCAACUUCGCCUGCAACUAUUGCCGCAACCGAAAGACGCGUUGUGAUGAGCAGAAGCCCUCGUGUAGGGCCUGCAUCAACGCCGGCAUCGAGUGCGUCACGACGGACCGCCGGAGGCCCGGCGUUGAGGUCCAGCGCCGUGAGACGAAGCGUCAGCUGUCCCGGGCAUCCAGCGCGUCCUUGACGCAUUCGCUGACGGCCGUCGCGUCUCCACACUCGCCUCGAGAGGAAGUCGAGAGCUCCGAGCCGCCGGCGGUGCCGCCACUGCCGGACGCCCGCGCCAAGACUUCACCAUUGCCGCUAAGGGUUCCCAAGGAUGCUGCCGUUACUAUUAUCCCGGAAGACGAGGAGCCUCCCGCCUGCCCGGGCCCGCCCAAGUAUCAAGGGAAGUUACCUGUAGUACGUCCCAGCCGCGGGAACAACUCAGUCGAGAUCCUCGGCGAUUGGCUGGACCUUGCUGCGCGUCGGCUAGGGAUCCAACAAAAGCGCGGCAUGCCAACACGUGUAGACAGGCCGCCGGUUUACCGCAUUCUGUCGUCUGAACCCUGCUCGUUCCCCCCCAAAGAGGUUGCCCGCGAGCUUGCUGCCCGCUACCUCGAAGGUAUUAAUAUGGUCUAUCCUCUGUUCAACCCAGACCGUCUCAUGCGGGACAUCGACACAGCCGUGGAACUCGGCCCGAUAAACUUCGCCGAGGCACGAGGGCUAGCAGCCUUGGUCUCGGUUUACCUCGUCAUGUCUAUCGCGUUUGCUUCCGCGGCACUUGAGGAACCUACACUGGAUCCCGGAGACUAUGUGAUUUACUGCAAGACCCUCAUCGGCCACCUCGUCACCGUCAACGGCGUCGAGACUGUUAGAUCGUUGGCGCUUCUCGCGUUGUGUCUUCACUGCUAUGACGAGUGCGCUGGGGCUUGGAACAUUCUCACUACGGGGGUUUCCAUCGCAAUGUCGCUGGGCCUGCACAAACCUCGGACGUGUCGGGGCUGCAAGACCAACCGCCCCGACAAGAGGCCGGACUUUGUCGAUGAUGAAGAGCGCAAGGCGUUUUGGCUCGGCAUCUAUGCCUUUGAAAAGUUCUUGGCGUUCGAGUUGGGCCGCCUUUCUUCAAUAGAGGACGAGGAGUGCUACCCAGCUCAUGUCGAUAUGCCCACGGGCAAUGGUACUUCGUCAAAAGAUAAGGCGUUUGCUGUGACUGUCAACCUUGCGAGGAUACUCAGCGAAAUCGGAAGAAAGGCUAUUAUCGUUAGCCGGAAGGAAGACGGACUCCGAGACGGUGCACUACAAGCUAUCAUAGCUGAAAAGGUGGAGACUACUGGUGAGGCACAGCUGCUCCUCACGAGAUGGGGUGAAUCAGUGCCCGAUGAGCUUAGACCGAUAUCAGACAUCUUGAUCGGCUCAAAACAGUGCCCCUUCGCAUCAUUCAUAUCGAUGCAUUAUAAUAAUGCUCUCGUGAUCCUCUCGCGAAACAGUCUUCUAAUUAGUGAAGAGGCAAUCACUUCUGGCGCCGACAUGAUCGCCAAAGGCAAGCCAUGGGACUACAUCAUGCGGAACGGACAAGCUCUCGCGGCUAAUGCCGCCCGAAAAGUCCUAAGGAUAGUCGUCGAAGCGGUAGACUCCAAGUCGAAUGCGAUUCUCCCGAAUCUUCUGGCACCACUCCACGCUCUCUCAACACUAGCUGUCCACGUCGUAACGCACCCCGACUCUCGCAUCUCAACCAUGGACCUACACCUCAUCCAAACCGCCUCAGACUCUAUGAGAGAGAUAUACACAAGGCUUCGGGGCGACGGCUUACUGGACAUGCUACUACAAAAGCUCGACUCGUUUCUACACAAAGGGUUACCGACGCCCGGAUCGUCAGAUAACCGGACAACAACUACCUUGCCAUCCAUGACUCCGAGAUCAAUGCCGGACACCAGCCCUUGGCAGAACGCUGGGGAGACACCGACCCCCAGAUCGGUAGAUGCUCAAUGGUCUGGCAGUGACGACAGCCGUCGCAGGGAAUCAGGUGUCAACGUGCCUGGUUCUACAAUGCCCUUCUACAACCAAGGAAACGGUCUUUCUGGCGGAACCGAGUUUGGAUUCGACUCGUUUGGCGCGAUGCCCAUGGCUGGCGACGAAUGGUCGCCUAGUCUGUCUGAUGGAAUCGGAUGGGACUGGGCGUGCUUCUCGCAUCUUCUCUCCGAUCAGUACCAGCCACAGUGA